CGCAGAAUAUACAAGACUUGUGUCCGUACGGAGACAUGGUGGCAUGGAAGAAUCGAUGUCACUGCGCCUGAUACUAUCUAGCCCUUGCGUCCUUGAGCAUUCCUUCCUCGUUCUCUUCUGCCUUGAUCUCUUCGUCAUCCUUCCUCCUCAACCCCUCACUGCCACCAGCCAUGGGCAGCAACACCGAUAAGAUCCUGACUUUGGAUCAAUUGCAAACUGAACUCGCCCAAGAUACCAAGGUCAAACUCGCCGGCAUUGACGUAGAUGGAAUCCUUAGGGGCAAGUUGGUGUCCAAGAAAAAGUUCCUCUCCGUGGCGAAAGAUGGCUUUGGAUUCUGCAGCGUCACCUUUGGCUGGGAUAUGCAUGACCAGACCUACUUCCGCGAACUCGAGAUCAGCAAUAAAGAGAAUGGAUACAGAGACAUAACGGCCAAGGUCGACUUGGGUAGUUAUCGCCGCAUCCCAUGGGAAGACAACAUCCCAUUCUUCCUCGUCAGCUUUUACGAUCCAGACACCGAUAAGCCCAUCAGUGCCUGCCCCAGAAGCCUGCUGCGCACUGCCGUCGCUAAGCUGAAUGAUGCUGGCUACGGCGCCAUGGCUGGUGCAGAAUACGAGUUCUUCACAUAUCGCGCCCCGAAAGAUGAAUCAUCCCAAUCCGCCCAUCCUUCUUCAUCCACCACCGCAGCCUUUCUUAUGACAAACCCCGUUGAAUCUCUUCCCCACCUCACUCAAGGCAUGUUUGGGUACUCGCUGACGGAUCCCAUUCACAACCAAGAUUGGUUCUAUGGCGUCUGGGAUGCAUGUGAGAAGUUCAACUGCAAUAUCGAAGGCUGGCAUACCGAGUCUGGCCCCGGUGUUUUCGAAGCCGCACUGGAAUUCGGUGAGAUCACGGAAAUGGCGGAUCGCGCAUCCUUGUUCAAGUAUGUGGUCAAGGCUAUCGGUAGCAAGCAUGGCAUCACCCCAAGCUUCAUGGCCAAACCAAAGGAGGGACUCCCAGGCAAUAGUGGUCACGUGCACUGCUCUCUCGUCGACAAGGCAGGGAAGAAUCUCUUCUAUCGCGGCGAAAGAGACCCGAAUCCCCCAUAUGUUGACCUGGAGUACAUAUCCGACCUCGGCCGCCAUUUCCUUGCUGGGUUAUUGCAUGGUCUCCCUGAUGUCAUGCCCAUCAUUGCACCCACUAUAAAUUCCUACAAACGCCUUGUCGAGAACUUUUGGGCUCCAGUGACUGUUUCUUGGGGCUUGGAACAUCGUGCGGCAUCCAUCCGAGUCAUCUCACCCCCGACUGCUUCUCCCAAGGCAACAAGAUUCGAAAUUCGCGUGUGUGGCGCCGAUUCUAAUGCAUCCUUGGUUUUGGCAACCAUUGUUGCCUUGGGUUGGAGAGGUGUCGAAAAGAAACUCGAGAUUCCGGUUCCGCCCUUGGGCAAAGGUGAGGACGUGGGCGGGUCCAGCGACAGUGGCGAGCGUCUGCCCAAAAACCUCAAAGAUAGUACAGCCAGGUUCAUGGCCAAGGAAAGUAUUGCUAGAGAGGUCUUUGGAGAUUCCUUUGUUGACCACUUUGGAGGAACAAGAGAACAUGAACUUCGACUUUGGGACGAGGCUGUGACUGAUUGGGAGGUCCGGAGGUACAUUGAAACCGUUUGAAGAUUGCCAUUUUCUAUUGUGUCCAAAGGUUUCACAUGCGACGGAGCUUGGGAGUAUUAUCACGACUUGUGGCUUUCAUUUUCAAUCCAUCUAUUCACCCAUCUGCUCAGCAUUUGCUUUGCCAUCAAAACUGACACCAUGCUGAUUUAGCAAGCCUCUUUGUGCCAUCUCACUGACUCUGUUGCGACCUUACUGUCAGUCCUUCC